AUGCCUUUGCCUUUGAGUGAAAGAUUGACUGCAGAUGGACAGAAGAGAGCUGAGAUGAUGAAGAAGAUUCAUGAACAAGCAAAGAAGAAUAUUGAGGAGAAGACAAGGCAGUAUGCCAAGAAGGCCAACAAGGGACGGCGCGAACUAAUCUUUGAGGUUGGAGAUCAAGUUUGGAUUCAUCUUCGCAAAGAAAGGUUCCCAGCCGAGCGCAAAUCCAAGCUCAUGCCGUGCAUUGAUGGCCCAUUCACAGUCACCAAGCGAAUCAACAAUAACUCUUAUAGAGUUGAUCUUCAAGGUAAGUACAAUAUCAGUCCUAGUUUUAAUGUUGCUGACUUAUCUCCUUUUCUUGCAGAUGAACCAGAUUUGAGGUCAAAUCCUUUUCAAGAGGGAGGGGAUGAUGCGAUCAUGGACAAGGAGGUUCAGGAAGAUCAGCCUUUGGUCGAGAAAUAA